UUGCGGUACUUGAUCAACGUCAUCUUUAAUGGGCCGGCUUUGGCGUCCCUCCAUGUUAGAGCGAAACAUUUCGCUGCUCAGUCAGGAAGUGUUCACCAGCUGAGAGAAGCCGACCUGCUCAGCUGCCGCUUCCACGUUGUGGACGGUCAGCAGGGAAGAUGGCUCCGGUAGCAGUUGUGCCAGAAGUCCACAGUCACGUCCUGGCAGAGUUUGACUGCCUCGACCCGCUUCUCUCCACUCUCCGCUUAGACUCUGGCAGGCUAAAGUGCACAUGCUUGGCUGUGUCAAGGAAGUGGUUGGCAUUAGGAACAUCAGCCGGAGGACUGCACCUCAUUCAGAAGGAAGGCUGGAAACAAAGACUUAUACUUACUCACAAGGAAGGAUCGAUCACUCAGGUGUCGUGCUGUCCCCAUGAUGAAGACUUUGUUGCUGUUGCAACCAGUCAGGGUCUGGUGGUGGUGUGGGAGCUCCAGCUGGAGCGCCGUGGUCGCCCAGAGAGAGUGAGCGUGUCCUGGGAGCACAGGGGCCAGGCGGUCACCGCACUCUGCUGGGACACAAACACACUCAAAGUUUUUGCGGGUGAUUCGGCGGGCAAAGUGUCUUAUCUCCGUGCAGGAUCCUCAAAACUGGGAAAGGGUUCAGGUUUUGUGAUUUUUCCUGUUCAAACCGUCACUACAGUUGACUCUAAAGUGGUUCAGCUCGGCUACCAGGAGGGUCGACUGCUGGUGUCUUCUCUGAGUCGCUGUUACCUCUGUGAUACAGAGAGGGAGAAGUUUUGGCGUGUUGGGAACAAGGAGCGUGACGGGGAAUAUGGAGCUUGUUUUUUCCCCCAAAACAAGGGGUUGUUGGUGGGCCAGCCCCCCCUGCUGUACUGCGCUCGACCAGGGUCUCGGAUAUGGGAAGCCAGUUUUAACGGCGAGGUUCUGAGCACUCAUCAGUUCAAACAGGUGCUGGCCUGCCCCCCUCUACCUCUCAUCACAUACAGAAAUGAGCCACAAUACAAUCCAGAGAAGAGAAGCCCUCAGGCAAUCGCCUUCCCAAAACUGCUUUAUUUUGGAGACCAAAACCUGCUGACCUGGACUGAUUCAGCCAUUUAUAUUUUCACACCACAUAAUGGUCAAGUUCUGCUGUGGACAGAGGUCAAAGAUGUGCUUGAUGUCACAGUGUACCGCAAUGAGCUUUUCUGCCUCCAUGGUAGCGGUCGACUGUCCCACAUGUCCCUGCUGUCUGCGGAGCGCUGCGUUGAACGUCUUCUACGUCGCGAGUUAUGGCCUCUGGCUGCUUCUGUCUGCUGUAUGUUCCAGCACGCUAUCAGCAUCGGUCGGGCCAGAAAGUCAGUUCCCAUGGACCGCCUGGAACACCUUCGCUCUCAGCUUAGUUCCAACACACAUCAUGAGUUGAUUGGCCAGCUAGAGGAGGUGAUCACUAAAGUAGAGCCCUUGGACUCGGCCUGCAGCAGCCGAAGAAGCAGCAUCUCUUCACAUGAGAGCUUCAAUGUCCUGGACUGUGGGAUCUACCGAGUGAUUAGUCGCAGAGGAAGCCAGUCUGACGAGGAGACCUGCUCCCUCAUUAACCCUUCCACGUCUGAGGAGGAGCGGCUCAAGGAAUUCAGCUUUGUGCAAGAAGAAGACCAAGUGGAGCACGAUCCACAGAGCAGCGAGCGUACAGAAGCUGAGCGAUCCGAGCAGGGCCUGCAGUUCCACCUGCCCCUCUCCUUCCGACCCCGACCCCCUCGCAUGGCGCUGCAGGCCGUCAAAGACAGUGUUUCUAGUUUUGUUAAGAAGACAACUGAGAAGAUCAAUACGCUGCAGAUGAACUCUGAGCUUUGGCAACGACCCGACUCCAGCUCGCCGGCGGACAUGUCUGCCACCUCUGCUCCUUUCUCAGAGGACGGCGAUACUGAGGUUUAUGUUGACAUGCCCAACACAGAGUGUGACCUACUGGAGCUUCAGUCGGCCACAGAGCGAGCGAUCUCUCAGAGCCAAGAUCCCUUGAUGCUGCUGGAUCCAGAUGUCCUGGUAGAAACUCUGCAAGAGUGGUUGAAGGUGCUGGAGCGCGUCUUCGGGCCCGCUGAGCUUGUUGAGUCAGCUGCUGGAGGUCCUUCAGAUGUGGACCCAGCAGAGGAGUGUGAGAGAGGAGGAGCUGCAGAGAACCUUCCACAAGUGGAGCGUGACAGUCUGCUGACCUCAGAGAGCAAGACUCCUCCCCCAGAAUCUAUACGAGUGGUCUCACCUAAACCUGUACCACCUGAUCUGCUGGCUCAUCUCACCCAGCUGGCAACACUUUACACAGAAGUGAGCUGCUUCAGGAAGCAGGCAGACGAGCAAACACUCAGCUGCACAACCUUCAUGCGACGUUACUUCUUCCUGCUGGACCAGCAGCGUGUUAGAAACAUGUGUCUGAUGCAGGAGAAGCAGGAAGUGUACGCCUCCUUCAUUGAAGCCAUGAUAGCUGUCACUCAGUCCAGUAAGGUGGCAGAAGUCAUUCAGAGAGGAGAUUUGCUGAAAUCACUUCGCUAUCUGAGAGAACUGCAUCCAUGGAGUGCUCCUCAUCUCCUGGCUCACUGCCACAGGUUGUAUGAGAAACAUGGCGAGGCAGCUGUACGCUCCUUUCCACGGUUCUAUCCCACCAUCAUGCCUGCAGAUGUGAAGGUGAUGUCCCACAGAAGUCACUUUGUGGCCUACCUGAAUAACUUGGUUCUGGCCCAAGCUGAGGAGCACAAGUUGCCAUUCCUGCAGUCUCUUCUUGAACCUGAAUCACUGCGGCAGGAGUGGCUGGAGCUGGCACUUACCCAUGAUGCUCCUCAGCGCUGUGACACCCUCACACCUGACGGACACCCCAGGUGUAACGCUCAUUGUUUCACCUGGGGUUAUGGCCGCUUCCUGUCUCUGCUGAUCCGACUCCCUGCAGACUUGGCGUCCAAGCAGAAGAUGGCGGAGACCUGCCGCAGUCACGGGUACUGGACAGGAUAUCUCUCUCUCUGCUGUCAACUGCAACACUGCUCUGAAGCUUUUGCAACUAUUUGUCAGCUGGAUGACAUCAGCCUGCUGAAGGAGCCUGAAGGUGUGACACCUCAGAACUUGGACGAGUGGAGGCUCCUUAUUCAGUUGGCUCAGGACAGCAGCCGUGCAGCACAACAACUCGCCAAUGUCAACGGAGGCACUUUAUCCAACGGUUCAGCCGACUCGGCCAGAAAGGUCAGCCUGGAGAACCUGACCCUGCGUCUGGCCGGCACAGUCGGACCGCAGAGAGCCAUGGCCGUCCUGGAGGAGUGUGGACUUCACUUGGUACUUUCUUCUCACUCGCAACUGGUGUGUGAGCUGCUCAAGGUUGCUGAGAAAAGGCAGCGAGCGACCAUUCAGACUUUGCUUGAGCGCUGUGAUCGCUUCUUGUGGUCUCAACAUGCAUGAAGAUGAUCAACAAUGCCAACAUCUUACCUUCUAGUAAAGCUGUGCAUUCAUUUAUUUGAAUGAAGGUACUCGCCCAUAAAACUUUCAUUAUUUGCAGUGACAAUUUUCUUUUUGUUUGCAAAUAAAUGAAUGUACAGUU